AUGGUCGGCACCGGCAUCUUCUCCACGUCAGCUCCUAUCCUACGCCUCACAGGCUCAGUCGGUCUGGCUCUCGUCUACUGGGUCAUUGGAUUCCUCUUGGCUGUCGCCGGACUCGCUGUCUACAUGGAGUUCACCAGUUACUUUCCUAACCGCAGCGGGUCCGAGGUUGUAUGGCUUGUGCAAGGCUUCCCCCGACCCAAGCACCUUUUUCCCGUCGCCUUCGCUGUUCAAUCUGUGCUACUAUCAUUCAGUAGCAGCAACGCAAUUGUCCUCUCCAACUACCUCUGGCGUGUUGUUGGUCGUGAUCCGGAUCCCUGGGAACUCAAGGGCGUUGCUAUUGCGGCUUACACGCUAGCUGUCAUUACUGUUAUCGCUCAUAACAGGUAUUCACUCUGGGCGAUCAACAUCGUUGGAGCCUUGAAGCUGCUUUUGCUACUCUUCAUCUCCAUCUCGGGCCUUGUCAUCCUUGGAGGUCAUUUCGGCAGGAUUGAGAACCCGGGCAUCAACUUUCGCCAUGGCUUUCAAGGCACUACAUCGAGCGGUUACAGUCUGUCUCAGACAAUGGUUAACAUCACAUUUGCCUUCUCAGGUUGGCAAAAUGCGUUCAGCAUGGCUAAUGAGAUCAAAAACCCAAUACCCACCUUGAAGAGAAAUGCGACUGCAUCACUGCUCAUUGUCUUCUCUCUCUACUUCCUCUGCAACAUUGCCUCCUUUGCCGCUGUCUCCAAGGACAUCUUUCUAGAGUCAAAAAAGCUAGCCGCUGCCGUCCUCUUUCGUACAGCCUUUGGGUCGUCUGCCGAAUCUGCUCUGAACUUUUGUGUCCUCCUGAGCUCCUUUGGUAAUCUCCUUGCUGUUCUUAUCAGUCAGUCCCGUCAGAUUCGCGAGAUUGCGCGUCAAGGAGUCCUCCCCUGGACAGAAUUCUGGGUCUCAACCAAACCCUUCGGGACUCCCAUCGGCCCAUAUCUGCUCAAAUGGGGCUUCACCUUCCUGAUGAUCGUCGCACCUCCAGCAAGUGAUGCCUUUCAGUUCGUCGUCUCUCUCAAGACGUACCCAGGCGCCAUCUUCCAUGCUGCCAUGGGUGUUGGUCUUCUACUGAUCCGUCGCCGCCGUUCUCGCUCUGGUACGCCCAGAUCUGACUUCCGAGCAUGGUGGGCUCUUGUUAUACUGUACCUCUUAGCUCAGGUCUUUCUGCUCGUCAUGCCCUGGAUUCCUCCAGAGGGUGGCAUUUAUGCUGGAACAGUUAGCCUCCUAUGGUGUACCUACAUGAUUGUCGGAAUUGGAAUCAUGGCAACCUGCGGUAUUUACUACUACCUCUGGAUGAAGGUCCUCCCCCGCUGGGGCAACUACAGCAUUCGAUCACAAGUUAUUUCUGUCGAUGACAAUGGCGCCAAUACACAUCGUCUUUUACGGGUGCCUAAUUCUAAGGUGUCUGAGUGGGAUGCUGCCCAUGAUGAUCUCGGACGGGAUUUGCCCCCUCAGCGGUUAAUUAGUAGCAACUAUAGCAGCUCGGAAAAGUAG